AUCUUGUUUGAGGAUCGAAUGAUGUCUGAUACAGUCACCGGCGAACACUCAUAUUCAAGCGCUCAGCAACAAGUUCACAUGGUGCUACCGGAUAUAAAAAUGGAAGAAGAAGACAUGGAUUCCGAAAUCUUCUCAGCGGUACCAGUUUCAACUGCUACAGGACAGCAGGACAUUGUACAAAUCAAAGAGGAGGUCACCUCUCCGCCACAGUCACCAAUCGUAUCGCCAGUCGGCCGCAUAAUGAGCGCAUCCUCCGUGAAACGCAAAUGCCGAUCGAGCUCCGCAUCCUCAAUCGCGACGGGCACAGCACCGGGGUCCUCUUUGCUGCGGGUUCCGCAGCCUGCCCUGAGCAGCACAGCCUUGACGAUUGAGCCCGUCAGGGUCAAGGUGGAACCAGGUCUCAACUGUUUACCGCUAUCGCCACCUUCCUCGGUUUCGAAUGACUCUGAGAGCGAUGGAUCAAUAUCGCCGAUUCACCCCUCUCAGAUGAGCUGUCCCGUUCCUACGUCGGCUCCUACCUCUUCAGCCAAGUGCAGAAUGAUAUCGGCGCCUUCCGCUCAACUCACAUCACAACUCAUCUCACGCCAAAGCAAUUCGCGUUCGGGAGUCCUCUCUCUAACGGACGAAGAGAAACGGACUCUAAUUGCUGAGGGCUAUCCCGUUCCCACGAAACUCCCUCUGUCGAAAGCUGAGGAACGGUCACUCAAGAAAAUUCGGAGAAAGAUCAAGAAUAAAAUCUCAGCACAAGAAAGUCGUCGCAAGAAGAAGGAGUACAUGGACGCUCUAGAGAAGAAAGUGGAGAAUCUCACAGCUGACAAUCGAGAGUUGAAAAUUCGAUAUGAUCGGCUUCUACAGAAGAACGUCGCUCUCGUCGAACAGUUGCGGCUGGUACAGUCCAGCCUCGACGGCGGAGUACCUGUUGAGGAAAACGUCGAUGAAAUUAUAAAUAUCACCGACGUAGUAGAAGAUGUUUCUGCCUGAAUCCCGGGCAAACUGGUUGUGCUCUACUCCUCUGUUAACGCUCACCGCAUCCAUGCUGCAAGAAACUUCUGAGAGAACGUCCGGUACAUCAAAGUGUUCCGAGAGUCGAAGCUUUGUUUGUGAUUGUUGAACGAGAGAAUCAGAAUCGAAGAUAGAUAAGAAAAUCUGAAGCGAUACUUCAGUUUCU